CAAUUUUCAAGAUGGCCGAUUAGAUUGGGAACUAUUCUAAGCAUGGCCUUUCAAUGUUCUCUUAAUUUCUAUUUUCAUGUCCCAAUGAGCAGUACCCUAAUCCCUUAACUUUAAUUUGUAAACAGUUAACUGUUUAAAAACAUUAUUUAAAGUACUGGAAACUAAAUAAUUAACUUUAAAUGGCCUCUACAAGCACUACCAAUAUCGGUGGUACGGGGCAGCAAGCGACCGAUACAGGUUCUUCAACAUCCACGAUGAAAAGAGAUUUGGUAAAAAGAUCAACAGCAGCUCAGUUCUUCCAUAAAGAUGAAGAGACGGAUAAACAGAUAGAACCAACAUCAUCAACUCAUGAUUUAGUGAGUUUAUUUUAAACCGAAUUUUGGCAUUGUUAGCAAUCUAUCUGCUGACGAGUUGAGGGUAUUUUUAAUUUUCGAACCCUAACGAAAUAUAUUAAUUUUAAUAAUAAGCCUAUUUAGCACUAUCUCGUAUUUUUUAAAGUAAAACAUUAUUUAAUAUAGAGUAAUUUUAAAAAAUGCACGUCAGGCCCCUUUAGGCUUAGGGCCUAGAAAUAAAAGAUGAUUAAUAAAUUAGUAUUUAUUAAUAUCUUAAUUAACUUAAUUAAUUAUAAUUAAUAAAUAAAUAAGACCUGCUGUCACUCCUAAUUCUAAAUGUCCCUAGCUAUCAAAUUAAUUUAAACAAACCAACUACUAUGGCUAUGCCUACUGUAAAUUUCACUAUUUUACUAAGUUUAAGAUCUCUUACUCUUACUUUAGAAAAAUUAUAAAAAAUGGCCCGGGACCAAUGUUCCCUCUAAGGUUUGUUGGUUUGUGUGCAAAAUCAUAAAGUUGUGUGCAAAUUUUUACAGCAUCAAUUUUUUGUGCGCAAAAUUUUCAGCCUACAGACACUUAAGUGGAAAUUAGCUGCGCAUACUCAAAACUGCUGCGCAGGGUCUGUGAGAUUGCUGCGCAGCCGCGCAGCUUAAAGGGAACAUUGCCCGGGACACCCUUUAUCGAGAGGAUAAACUGAAUAAAUCAAACUGAAUCAACAAAGGCUGCCUUUUCCCCUGCAUUAGAUCUAGCAAUGUUUUUAAUUUCAAGUUAUAAAUAUAUCCCCCCAUACUUGUAAGCGUUUUUUUUACAAUGGGUUUAAAGUCAAAGUAGUUAAUCAUUCUGCAAAAGAUAUCUUUCUCGCAGGAUUUAAACUGCACAUGCUCGCACUCAAUUUUAAAAGAACUAAAUCUAGUAAAGAAGAAAGAGUAAAAGUAAAAGAAUUUGUAAUUUCUUAUUUGGACUAGAAUUACUAGUAAUUUCCAUUAUAUUUUUUUACAAAAUUGAUAGUUUUUUUUUAUACCGGUACUGGACAUCUUUUUCAUAAAUUUCAAUUUGUAUGUUAUUUGUCAUUUGUAGUGCCAUAGAAAAAUGUUGAAAUAAAACUUAUUUUCAUAUUUAACAACUCUCCCCAUAAGCAUUGUCUAAAUACUCAAGAAUAUAUAAGAAUGUAAAGAACAUGAAUUUAUUAUCUCUAUUAUUGAUGAUUUCAAUAAAAUAAUGAUAUAUUUUAAAACUGUCUUCUAAAACAUUUUCAUUUAAUAUAAUUAUGUCUAAGUGAUUAUCCUUAAUGUUUUUAAAAAAAGCCCAGAAUGAGAUCAGUGGGAUGAAGCCUGAUUCCAGGAAUUAUUGACAGUAUUGUUAAUUUUUCUAUUUAUUUAUAGGUUGUUGAGCUUCUGAACAAUGCAGCUGUUAUGCCAAAGAGUGCAGAUAAAAUAGCUAAUCUUAAAAAGGUAUUUUUAUGAUUAUACCAUAUUUUAAAAAAUAUACAGUAACUUAUAAUUCAUAAUUUUUUAAAUACAGUUAAAGUAAAUUUCACAAAAAGAUUUUUUAUUUUUUUUUUGCACCUGUUCUUUCACAUUUAAUCCUUUUAAACUUAUGACCUACCUUGUUUUUAUUACUCUAUACUAAAAAGAAUGUGCAUUUUUCUCUUGCAGGUUAAAGAAUUAAUAGUGUAUAAGUCUCCAGAUCUGCUUGACAACUUCCUUGAUGUAAGCAUUUAAUUUAAAAUGAAAAUUAGUUUCUUAAAAAAACAUUACCAACUAGGCUACUGUUUCUUAAAAAAACAUUGCCAACUAGGCUACUGUUUCUUAAAAAAACAUUGCCAACUAGGCUACUGUUUCUUAAAAAAAGAAUAAAAUCAAAUUAACUAACAGGAUUACUUGCUGGUUUUAGUAAUUGUCAUUAAAAAUGGACUAUUCUUUAACUUUCAAUAAGACUUGUGUUAACAUUCUUUUGCAUGAGUACUUAUUAAGGCAGAUGAAAAUGACAUAGAUUCCUCCCAUCACAACUGCAUAAUAUCUGACUUUGCAUAAUUAUAUUUUAAUUACAUUUUAAACUCUUUGAUGUCUUUCACUUACAUUUAACAAUAAUAUCCUAUUCCUGUAGGAAAUGUUGGCCUACCAAUCUGAUUCAUCAAAAGAUGUUAAGAAAUUUGUUGUUGGGUUCAUGGAGGAAGCUUGGUAGGUGUUGCCAGUGAGAUUUUAUGCUCAAAAGUUAUUAUAUUAUUUUAAACCCUAACGGGUCUUAUUUUGUGCCAAAUUAGUUACAUAUAACUCAUAUGGAACACUUGGUCACUUUACUACGUAACUGAAAAAGGACAAAAGAAGUUGUACCGAGAUUUUUAAUCCUCAUCAUCCAGAUCCAGUAGCCCUUUGGGCAUGUUCCCUUUGGCAUGAAGCCCUGGUGAAGAUUCAAUUUUUAAUAUUCGAUACCCGGUAGUUAAUUUGUUAAAGAAAUGUUUGUGUGAUAAAAUUAUAUUGUAACAUAAUACGAGGUUAUUCAUUUUUAACAGUAUAACUUUGAAUAUAUCCCUCCCCACACUUCAAAAGAAAAGCCAUUUCUUAAAAUACAAUUUAUUUUCAGCAAAAAGGACUUUGAAUGUUUGCCUAAAGUCAUGGCUAGUUUGUUAAUGUUACUUGGAGAUGAUGAUGUGAAUGUGCAGAAAAAGGUCAUACUGACCGUCAGUAGUAUGUUUAAAUUGGCUUUGGCUGUAAGUAACAAAUUAUGUAUAGUUUUUGUGCAACUGAUUCUACAUUUUAAAAUAUUUAUCUUAAAACAUGUAUGAUAACUUAACUAUAUUUCAAAGUUAUAGCAAUGUCAUUAAAAUUAUUUAAGAUUCUUUUUCUAUGUAACCGAUACAUGUCCUUUAUUGUUAUUAAAUAUUAAUUGAUUUAAAAAAUUUCUUUUCAGUGGAUAAGCAGAGCCAAGAAAACAAGACCAGAGAUGAAAUCUGUUUGGCAGCACCUGACAGAGUUAAAGACAUUGCUUUUUGACUCACUAGAAUCUGCCAAUGAUGGGUAUGAUUUAUUUGAAGAAUAAUAAUUUUUAAAAUGUACUUUAAAUUUAAAUGAUAGUUUUGAAAGAAAUUAAAAAUGAAAACAAUUACAUGUUAACUUUUUCCAUUGCUGCAGAAUCCGAACGCAUGUUGUGAAAUUCUUAGAGGGUCUCACCCUUGCACUUUCAAGGAAAUCUUGGGUACGUAAAUAAUUUAUUAUAAUUUACACAUUGCAGAUAUUUCUGUGACAUUAUUGACAAUAAACCUAGUGGUUAUUUUAUUUGACAUCUGUAUACUAAAAGUACGUGAUUUUGUUUUAUUGUAAUUUUUUAUAGCUAUAACUCUGUGUUUCUGUCCACUAAAAGCUUGAUGUUUUUUUUGCAGGACUCGGAGGUACCCAAGAAAAGUGAAGAUGACAUGUCCCUUGAACAAGUGCCAGAGAACAAUGACAUUGUAAAUGUUGCCCAUCUUGAGGAGGAAGGAAAAAAGGCAUUUAAUAAUCUUUUACAAUUUCAAAGCUCACCCCAUAUCUCCAGGUAACCAUCAUUUGUUUAUAGCUCAUACUUCUUCACAUAAUUGUUAUAAGACUGUUUAAGGAAGUACGUUACACACAGAUCUUUUGUUUGCUCUUGUAUAGGUUAUUGGCUCUAGUUUAUUAUUUCAGUUUAAUUUCUGUGUUAAUAAAAGUAAUCUUACGUUUCUGUGUGUAUAUAAAAAGUAUUAAAUUAUUUCUGGUAUUGUGAUUUUGAAAUAUAUACAUGUCAAGAAUUAUUCUUAUUGUUCAUGGAUAAACUUAUUUGAUGAAUUGUUGUGCGUCUGUUGCUUUAUUGGUGGAUUAUAUGUAUCAUGACACUUUCCAAAUUAUUUUUUUAUGUGAUUAAACUUGUGUAUACCUUUCAGUAUCAACCUUAUGACUGUGAUGAAUGCUCUUUCCAAUAUUGCAAAGCAGAGGCCAUAUUUUUUUGAUCAAGUUGUUCAGAGCUUUGAGGCUUUACAUGGUGAAUAUAGUACCAAGCUGAUUAAAUUUAAUUUUAGCUUAUAAAUUUAAAAUUACUAGAAUAGCAUUGACUUGAAAUUUCUCGUGGGGUUUGGGGUUGCCAUUUCAAAGUCUUCUGGCCAUAUUUCUGUUUUUAGACCACAGCCACCUGUAAGUCUGCUGUCUAUCCCCCACCCCUGCGCUGUGAGUCCUGGCCAGAAAUAUAAAAGGGUAGCUUCCAACAAAGAUCUUUGGUUAACAGUAUGACCAUUUUUUCAGGACUGCCGAUUUUCAUCUUAUACCAAGUUGGCUGCUAUGUCUGUGUUCAAAGGUUAAGAAUUUUAUUCAGGGUUUCUUCCUCCCUUGUCAAGGUGGCUUACCAUGUUGACAAAUCCAUUCCAUUUGUUUCUCUUGAAAUGUUCCUUUUUGUAGCAUUAUACCUUUCCCAAAGUGCACAUAAGGCAGUGUAGGUAUUGACUCAAAGCUUUGGUGACCUUGAAGUUUGUAUGAAUGUUCAAACUAUUUUUCUGGAGUAAGACUUGGUGUUGGAUAACAAACUCAACUAUAUUUAUAAAGCAUUAUAAAGCAUUUCUUUAAAAAAUCUACAGGACUCACAUCUUUCGGCUCAUUUGAGGUAUAUAAAAAAUAUCUAGGAACUGCACUGAGCCUCUAAAAGAAACAUAUUAGUUAUUUAUUGAAAUUUGAAACACAAAUAAUUACUCUCUAAUUAUUAUCUGUAACUAUUGUACAGAUUGUGAACCUAAUUAACAAUGCAACUGUUAAUUUAUCACAUUAUUUUAUCUGCUUUUCAGUCAACCUGCCUCCCACUCUUGCUAAAUCUCAAGUCAGUAGUGUAAGGAAGAAUCUGAAGAUCCAAAUGAUGAGUUUAUUAAGGCAUCCAGCAUCAUGUGACUUCAUUCCACAAAUUUCAACACUACUUACUGAUUUGGGAGCCACACAGUCUGAGGUAUGGUAGUACACUUCUAAACCAUAAGUCAGAUAUAGAGAAUAUCCAACCUCUUAAAAUACAUAACAUUUAUACAUAGAUGAAUGACCUUAUUUUUCUGUAUGAACCUUGAACAAAAUUAAAAAGUAAUGUUUUCUUAUGCAUGAGAUUAUUUGACAAAAUGUUGUAGAAAUGUAUUUAAAAGUGGCUUUUUUCCUGUUGAAUGACCAUCCUAUUAGCUGCAUGCUGACUUUUAAUUGAAAAUGUUUCAAUUUCAGAUUGCCAAGAACACACCCAAAGAUAUUGACAGUCGCAAGAGAAAAGCCCAACAAGAAAUUAGCCUCAGCUCUGCCAGCAAAAAAUCAAAAAUUGUCGUAGAGGUAUAAUUUGCUAUAAUUCACAUAUUCUUUAUGUAACACAACCAUUUUUUAAGUUUAAAAAAAACAACCAAAAAACAUUUAGUUUAAAAGAUAUUUAAAUAUUAAAAUAUUCAAGAUUGGCUCAGCAGGUCAUAUUUUAAAGAUUGUUAACCAUUCUUUGUCAGAUGGAUGAUGACGACGAUGGAAUGACCCCGUGGGUUGACAGGACAAGUAAAAAAGCUAAACCAGAGCCUGCCCAGAAACAGACAGCCAUCGAUGUUACAGCUGAAGACAUCCUCCCACGAUUAUCACCUCAAAAUGUGGCAGAUUUGGUUUUACUAAGCAUGGUGAGCUUACUUUUUACAAAAAUAAUACUUUUAUUAGUGUGACUGCCUACUGUCAUCUGUUUGUACUCCAUAUUUGAAGCCUUAUUUAUUUAAAAAUCAAUUUUUAAUUGAGAACAAUAUCUACCAGACUCCAUCUCUGGAUUUUUCUGUUAGAGUUUACUCCCACGGACUUGAACUGUGGGAAUUGUAGCCACUAGGCAGCAUAGGUUUGUAAUUCGAGUUUUCCUCCUCUUAGAUGAAAGAAAAUUUUAGUGUAGUAUUAUGUUCCUUGAUAUUGCUGACGUAUGAACUUUAGCCAGCAAGUAAGUCUAUUACAAGUGUUGACACAUUUGGCAAUCAUGGUGCAUCAACCUUUUUGAUUUUCCUUUGAGGUCACCAACUGCAUGAAGAUCAGCUGACUUGGAAACAGUUGUCUCUCCAAAUUAACACCUCUUCCAAGUUUAGCUAAUCUUCCAUGGAAAUUACACCAUCAUCUUUUGGAGACAAGUGCCAACCCCCCAACCAACUACACAAAUAAAAUUUAAACAAAAAUGAAACUCACAUGAGCCCAACUUAAUUGUUCUUAUAAACCUACAACCAUAUUAAAAAUGAUUUUUCAAUCUUUAACAGACAUGACUGAAGAAUAAUUGUCUAUGAUAUGUUUUCUCUAAUUAGGUGAUGUUGCCAGAUUCUAUGCCAGCGCAGUUCCAGUCCACAUAUACCCCAAUAGCUGCGGCUGGCACACAGGCUCAGAUCAGCCACAUAGCCAGACUCUUGGCCACCCAGCUUACAAUGGCUGGUAUGGGUAAAGGCUUAGGGGAAUUACAAAUGCAGGUAAAACUUGACUUUGUAUACAUAUAUAAUAAAGUCUUUUUUUUCAAGGGUAUUUUUAGUAAAAUAUUUAAACUCAAAGUAAUUUUAAAUUAAAAAUUGCACACCAAGAUAAUUGUUUUUACUUGAUAUUUUUAUUAAACUUUGAUUCAGUUGUAUUGUAAUUUUAAUGAUUGCUGAAAACUUGGUGACCCUUUGCAUAAUGCUUAAAAAAUAUUUAUUCGAAAAUACUUUUUAUGUGGGUUUUUUUUGCCAUUUCAUCUAUUUGAGGAGUAAUUUUAACACUAAGUUCUGAUUAACUUUAUCAGACAAGGAUCAAAUGACUUAUGAAAUUAUUUCAAAAUUCAGUUAAUUUUUACGAUCACAUUUUAAAACUUUUUUAACCCACAAACUGUGUCAUGCAUUAUUCUGUGGUUUGGAGCUUUUCAGAGUGUUUUGAGUGCCAUUUAAAAUUGCAUUAAAUGACAGAAAUAUUGAUACAAGACCCCAAUAAGUAUAUAUAUUUUUCAAAAGGUAAAUGGAUGGUAUAACGUUGGCCAUGUUGCCCACCCCGUAAAAAAAUGUUGCUCGGUGUCCUUGACCUUGGAGUUAUCAAGAAAAAAAAAGCUACAAAAUGUCUUGCUUUCAAGGGCUCAUAACAUCAUUAAUUUUUAUAGAUACACUUAAAACACAAAUCUAAAUGUUGUAGCCAAUUCAUUUAUCUUUCAGAAAAUGUGUAGUUUGCUAAGGUAUUGACUACAAUUAAACAUCUGAAAGCAAUUUUAGUAAUUUUAGGUAAUUUAUUUAAGAAACUGGGACCACUGCUAAAACCAAGUACACCAUCUCAGGCAAAAUAGUUAUUAGUGACUAAUAAACAUUUAAAAACGAACUGUGGAACUGAUUUGGGCUGUUUGACUAUAAAAUUUAUUAGUUCUGAUCUAUCAUCUGUAGCUUCUGUGACUUAAAUUCAGUCAGUCCUUGCCCAACCUCGGGGCCUGGCUCGAAGUCAAACAGUAACCUCAGUAGGCCUACUUCAGUAUCACUAAGACUAGUAUAAAAUUCACGAGAAGAAUAAUCUCAACGUCAUGGGGAAUGUUAAAAUCAUCAUCAGUAUCACUUAAAACCUCUGCUAAAAAGCUUUCAAACAUAUUUCUAUUAGUUCUUGCACUGAAGGCCCAGCCAUGGCUUUCAAACAUAUUUCUAUUAGUUCUUGCACUGAAGGCCCAGCCAUGGCUUUCAAACAUAAUUCUAUUAGUUCUUGCACUGAAGGCCCAGCCAUGGCUUCCACCAUUUUAGCUCUGAAAAAAAAACUGCGAUAUAAAACUACGAUUAAAAAGUAUUUAUUUUUAAGUUAUCGAGAAACAGCUUGAACCGGUAGAUGAUUUAAUUAUUAAUAAAAGGAAGUGGCUAUAAUUCAGGUUAAAUACUGGAUUGGAAGUUGCUAUCGGACCGUGUUUUUUAUUGGCCGCCACAGUACAGAACGAGAAAGUCGGCCGACCACAGUUCUUGGGUUAAAUUAGUAAAAGCUCGAAACUUUGUUUCUUGAAACCCAAAAUAAAAUAAUUUCAUGCUAAUAUUUCUCAUAUUUAUUUAGGCUUUGAAAGAAUCUGAAACUAUAAGAAGUAGUGAUGAUCAGCCAUCUUCACCAAAGCAACUGAUCCAAACUGUUGUAGGUAAGAACAAUAAGCCACAUUAAAUUAACUAAAACAAAGAUGUAUUUUUUGUGAAUCUUUAAGGUGAAAUUACUUGAAAGUGGAACACAUGUCCAAGAUGGCAUGAAGACAUUUGUUUUUGUUUUUUUCCCCAGGUCUUAAGACAGAGGAUGAUCAACUGAUAAAAAAGCCCCCCAAAAAUCAGUUUUCAGUAAGCUUUCUCAAUCUUAUUGUUUUAAACAACUGAUGUAUUUGCUUGUAUCGCUAAGUACAAUACAAAUAAUUUCCUCAGUUUCUUUGCGUUUUUCUGCUGUGGUUUAGCUUGCCACUGUUUUCUUAAUUCAAAUACAGACCAUUCAAAUAUGUAAACCUGCUAGGCAUCUUGUCACAUCAUGUCUAUUGAUAAGAGGCAAAUAAUUUGUGUAAAUAAAACAUGUUAUGUUAACCUUUAAUUUUAAGAAAAAUUACAUUUUAAAAGUUUCGGCUAAUGUGAUUAUCAGCAUAACAAAUAGCAUCAAUAUAAAUUAAAUUUUACAUAACAUAAUUAUAUGUUACCCAUUACUUUUAAAAAUAGGAUAGAAAAGAAAGAAAAAACAAAGUGGGUGGAAGUGGAAUUUAAAAAACCAUGUCUAACAUUAUCGUUGCCUUUCUUCUGCCAACAGCUUCCUCCAACAGUUAGAAAAGUGAAGCAGUUUCAGUUGUCAAGUGUGACUAAAAAACUGAAUGAGUCCAGCAUAACACUCUUGAGCAAUGAAGCAAUGAAACGCAUUCUGCAGGCAGAAAGUAGGUUUUUAGUAACAUAUUUGUAACGAUACAAAUUUUGAAGUUAUUUUUGCUGAUCGAAGAAUAUUUUGGAUAUCUUUUCUAUUUUCCCUCUGGCCUGAAGGUUUGAAACUAAAUCAGCCUUUUAUUCCCAAAUCCACAGAGGCAGCAUCAGUCAGUCAUGUGGACCAUCACAGAACUAAGCUGCUUGCCUCACUGGCCACAUUAUUUGGAGAGUCCACAAAAAAGGGUAUUUUUUGUUUGUAUUUCAUUCAGCUUAGUUUCAUUAUUUAUUUCUUUGGAGAUGCUUUUUUUUUUUUUAUCAAGUUCAUGUUGAUGGCUAUGAAAAAUUUUACCAAUUCUGACCAUGUUAUCUAAAAGUGAACAUUUCUUUUUUCAAAACUAAAUUGUUGAAAGAUUGAGAAAAAUCUCUGCAUCAUUAUUACCAUUAGUAAAUGCAGUAAUAAGAGAAAAUAAAUUACUUAUUAUAAUUGACACUCCUUUGUGUUUUUAGAUCUGCAGAACUAUAUUUUUAAUGACCUAAGAACACGUCAGGACCUGGCGUUUGCCUGGUUGUACCAGGAGUAUGCCCACUGUCAAGGUUACAGUGCUAAUCUGAGAAGCAACAAACCAGUGACCCUGGAUGGUUAUGAUGCCUGCUUGACCAAACUUUUGGUGGGCCUUUUAGAGAUAGAUGACCACCAUGGUGAUAGGUGAGCUAAAGUUUGGUAUAUUUUGGGGGGGUUAAAGCCCCUGUUAAAUUACUAAUGCAGUGUAAUUCAAAAAAUUGUUUUAAGUAUUUAUAACUUGAUGAACAUUUCUGUUUCAGUCUUUUUCAUCGGCUUCUGAUUGAGGCGCCAGUCAUAACUGAUAAUGCCAUGGUUGUGGUCAAGAUGUAUUGUGUUAUACCUGUAAGUGAUACAAAUUUAUUUGAUUUUCUGAGGGUUGACUCGAAGGCUGACUUUGAUUAAAUCACCUGGUUUACUAACCCCUACAGCUACAUGAAAUUAAACUUUUGUGCCUGUGUUCCACUGUCUUUCUAUUGUCUAUUUUAUAGUAAUCUGCAAAGGUUUUGAGUUGUUUCCCACUAUCAUGCAUUUCUUUUAUAACGAUGUUCAUAAAAUAUACUUGCCUUUUAAAGAAAUUUGUAAACAGCUUCUUACCAUUUAUCUUUGCAAGCAUUUUCCAAUAAUUAUAAAUAUAACAAAAACCUUGUACAUCAGAAGUAUAUGUUCAAUUUUCAAUGGUCAUUGAAAUAUUUCUCUUUCAUUUUAACUUCAAAGGAACAUACAGAAGCCGGGAUGAAGACCCUGUCUCAGUUAAUUAUCAAUCGCCCUGCACACAGGAUAAAAUUUCUUGAUCUUCUGUUAGAUUUCACAGCAAAUGAAAAGUUGGAAGUAAGCAAAAAUAAUUUACAAUACUUUAUUAACAAAUAUUAAUGUAUUUAAAAAGGAUGAUAUUUUUGCAAUUGUAGCUGUUGGAUAAAAAGCAAGGCAUGUUGAUAUUGUUUUGAAAUGGUUUUUUAAAGCAUUAUGGAUGUGUUAGAUCUACAGAUUCAUUGGCUUGCCAAAUAUAUGUAUUUACAUCCACUGCCUGAAUGAUUUAGAAAGUCAGGCAGUGGAUAUAUAUGUAGGUACACAUAGCAACAGAACAGUUUAGCAAAUAUCUUAAGAAUUUAUUAUGUUUAUUAAAAUCAGAAACUAGUGGAGAUUUUUACAUAAUAUUGUUGUGUAAUCAAAGCAGGGUAUCAAGGGGCCAUUUUUACUGACAAUGGGGCUUGUAUGUUGUUGCACUUUGGACUUACAAUGCAGAUAAUCCUUAUUAGUUGCACAACACAAAACUUGCUCGUAUAUUUAAAUGGAGCAAGUUUUUAAAAAAAAAUUCAGUGAUAUAGUGGUCCCUGUCACUAGGUGCCAAUUCUAUGGGCAGUGGUACGGAUAUUCUUGAUAUUAUAGUCUUUGUUAGAAAUUAUACAUUUGUUAAUUACAGAAGGUAAGAGUGAAGAAUGGUUAGUAAUUAAUUUUUUUUGAUGAUUAGGAUAAUGAAUUCUCUCAUCUACUAUUAGGUAAGAAAUAUUGCCAUCAAAUCAGCCCAGAAACUCCAUGAAAGUGGCAAAAUGCAAGCAGAGAUUGAAAGAUAUGCAAACUUCCAACUUAAGAAACUUUUACAGCCUAAACCACCCAGCAAUGCCUUGAAACAAGAAGGUUUGUUUUUGAAUAGUUUUGUUGAUCUCACAUUUGAUCAACAUUUGUAAGCUUGUAUUCAUUUCCCCUGACCACAGACCCAGAUAGCAAUUCCAGAUGCCCUUGGUGUCAUAUUCUUUGAGGAACUACUGUGACUUGACCCUGCCGUAUGGUUUCAAGACAACCUAUAAACUUCUAGUUAUAAUAUAACUAAUUAAAUUAGUGAAUUUUGUUUUGAAAUAAGGCUACAAUCUAUAUAGUUUGGAUUUAUAGAAAUUAUGAUUUUUUAAAAAUUCAGCAUUAUUAUUCUACUAAAGUAAAAAACAAUUUUCCACUAUUUCAUUACGAGGUAAAAUUCCUUCAUAAUAUUGAAUAUUUAACUAGUGCUGAUGUGAUUUUUUUAUUUUUUUUUUGAGCCCUAAUCUCCUUGCCAUAAAUGUGUCAUUCUUUUGCUCUGUGUUUUUUUUUAUUUGGCUGUAAUGUUGAUUUUUAAUCAACUGUAAUUAAUAGUAGCAAUUUCUUUAGAGUUACAAUUGAUUAUUUGUUUUAACAAUGAAUAGAACAGUUUUAAUCAUAAUGUUUGCAUAUAAAAGGUUGUCAUUUUUCCUUCCUUUAUCAGAAGUUACAGAAACGUGGACAGAGGAGCUGAUAAAAGCACACCUGUGUCUUCACCUGGGCCUUUUGCCUUCUAACCACAAGCUCAUUCAUGAGUUAGUAUCUAUCUUUGUCAGUCCUAACUAUUUUAUAUAUAAUCAAGGAUAUUAAUAAUUGGGCUGCCAUACUUCUAUUCAUUUUAUACAUUAAUGGAAACAGAAAAUUGGUUUAAAAAAAUGUUGUUAUUCUUACUAUCCUUUGUCUUUUGCAGGUUAGCUAACAUCUACACAGCCACAAGUGCUGACAUAAAACGCACUAUCCUUAGAGUUCUGGAAGUUCCCGUAAGUGUUUUAUAUUCAGACAACGGUCUGCUCUUUUUGUUAAAAAAAUUUCCCUUCAUCAAAUGAACCUGACCCUGAUCUUUACCUUUGCUGACAUGACCUAUUUUAAACAUUUAUUCAAAGCUCGUCUUCAUUAUUCAACAGUUUAUUAGGUGUUUUUAAAAUUACCGCAUAAAACCGGAUAAAACACCAAGGUGUCCCCUCAGCAAACAUCCAACUGAGAUCGUAGCACAUCACCUCUUCCACUGCCCAGCACUUAGAGACUUGCACCCAAACUAUCUACCUAAAAUACCAGACGCAGCUGACAAGUAUUUAAAUUCUUUAUCAUGGCCGCAGACUGAAGGGCACAUGCUCAGAUGGCCAUUGGAUCUGAAUGAGGAUGAUUUUUAAAAUUAAAUAAAAUGCAGACAGCGCUAAAACAUGUGGUAUUUGUGGAAUUUUUUAAAAGGCCCCUGAAAAAAUGGCUUUUUUCCCACAGUAAAAACUUGGGGCUAUUAAAACCUUAGUCCUCCACUAUAGUUUCUUAUUAAUUUGAUCCAAAUGUAACAAGAAAACAGUAGAUUUUUUAGUUUUUUUAUUCAAUACUUUUGUAACCUUGUGAUCAACAAAAACAAGAUUAACCAAGAAAUCUUUGCAUCAAUAUGUUAUUUAGAACUGAACUAUUUGAAACAUCCUGUUUUUAUUGCCUCAGGUUAAAGGAAUGGGUAUGGAAUCUCCAGAACUCCUCACCUUGGUAGAGAACUGUCCUAAAGGUUCCGAGACUUUAGUCAUGCGAGUUAUUCACAUCCUCACAGACAAAGGUUAGCUUCUUGUCAUGAAAAAAGAAAAUAGUAUUCAACAGUGAUUAAGCAGUAUAGGAUAAAUAUGCUCUUAAUAAUGUAUAUUUGCUUGCCCUGCAAUUAUCUCCUCUUAGCAAAAUUAAGAAAAAUAAUGAAAUGGACAUAAUUAUCGGCAAGGUUUUUUAAAAUCUGAAUUAUUUGGCAUUGUGUUAAAAUCAAGUCAAUAUCUUUUCUUACUUAAAAUUAUUACCUUUAAUGUUGGAAUGUCCAUUUCAAUGUGGGUAUUUCUUAAUUGUUCAUUGAGAUUCUCCAUUGAACUUGACAGUGCAUUAUCUUUCACAUCUUUCAUAGAGCUUAACACAUAUAUAAUAUGAUUAAUGUUUCUAUAGCUGUCCCAUCACCUGAACUUGUGGACAGGAUUCGUGAUCUCUACCACAAAAGAGUUCCUGAUGUCAGAUUUCUUAUUCCUGUUUUGAAUGGACUCUCAAAGGUAUAUAUGUUUAUAUUUUUAAUUCUUCACCAUGACCGCAGUCUGAAAGGCACAUGCCAAAAUGGCUACUUGAUCUGAUUGAUAAUAUAUAUUAUUUUACCUAAAAUAUAAAGAAUUAAAAUUCUACUUGAUUACAAGAUGAUCAGAGAUUUAAAAACAGUGUGUUGCAAGUUUCAUAGAUGCACAGCAAGAUGGAUGUAAAUGUAAAAGAAAAUGAAAAUAUUUAACAAAUUAUUUUUGGCAUAUAAUCUGCAAAGUACGAUAAAAACUAUAAUGCCAUUCAAAUAAUGAUAAUUUAAAAAAAACCAACUCUAUAUAAAUGGUGUUUUGAUUAAAUUUUAAUUUUAAAUAAAUUUUUAGCUAUAAAUUGUUGUAAGGGCUGCUCUAUUUCACUGCUGAUAAAGAUUUUUGCAUGAAAGUGCCCACAUUGAGAAACUAAAUUUACUUAAGGUCCUUUUUUCUGAAUUAUUAAUGUUGUUAUUAUAUCUGUCAAUUCUUAUCACUUUUCAGAGCAACAUUUUAAUACUUUGACACUUGUUAGUCCACUUGUUUCUAAUAAUUUUUUUUUGGUUUUCACCUGUGAUCUUUAUUGUAACCUCAUAGAAUGAAGUGAUGGAAGCACUACCAAAGUUGAUCAAACUGAAUCCAAUGGUUGUGAAGGAGGUGUUUAACCGACUCAUGGGGAGCCAUGGUAACAGAUGGGUUUUUAUGACUUUUUAAAUUUAUUUCAAAUUAAAGAUGGUUAGAGUUUCAGUAGUUUGUGAUCAGCAGCAGUUGUUUCAGUGUUAACUCAGUUUUGCCAAGACAACAGUUUUUAGAUAUUCUAGGGGGGAAAUUAUACAUAAAGGAAAUAGAGCUUGAAAGGUAUUGAUCACCAAGUAUUGGUAAACAUUAUUAAACCCACGAACUGUGGUCAGCUGAUUUCCUCUUUCUAAACUGUGACGGCCAAUAAAAACGGCCGAUAAAAAUUGCGUUGAAAAAAUAAGUUUUAGUCCAAUAUUUUACACCAAAUAAAACUAAUUCCUUUUAAUAAUAAAUAAACUUCCAUUUUUCGCUCUUCUGUGUCCUUUUUUAAACUCUGGAGUUAUUUUUUACAAGGAUCUUUAACAAGCAAAUUUGUGUAAGUUAAGUAGAUUUUCGCAAAAUGGAUGAGGCUAUAGCUGGACCAUCUGGCUUACAAAAUAAAUCAGUUAGGAAUCUUUUUGAUUGAUAAUUCUUAUUAGAUGAUGACAAUAGUGAUUCGGAAGAUCUAUUAAUAACUAAAACAUAUACAAAUAAUACAUUUUUUGAAAGAUAUAUAAAAAUUGUAUCAUUAUAUAAACAUAAUAAUAUGCCUUUAAAAAAUUGUAGUUUGAGGUACUUGAAAAUAAACAUUUUCAUUAUAUUCUUUUUUCUUGGUCACUCCAAGGUCACGGUCAGCGAGUUUAAAAUAUCAUUAAAAAAAUAGCCAGUUUGAUUCCCCACUCAGUCUACUUUCAAUAAAUAUAUACUUAAUGAGGGCUAGUUAUAGUAUUUGCAUGUGAAAAAUCACCUUUUUCAAAGGCACCCAAAAAUCUUUAAAUUCCCCGCACAUUACAGAAACAUAACAUACACAGUUCGUGGGUUAAAAGCAUAUACUUGGAAUGCAUAAUUAUGUUUCUUAUAGUGUUAGCCAUUAAUUGAGUACUCCAUAAUGCUGUUGUCCUGUUUUUGUUUUCCAGUGAGCAAUGACUCAGUGUACCAUUCUCCUUUAACACCAGUUGAAUUGCUUGUAGCCCUGCACAACAUUGAUCCGGUCAAAUGUGAUAUAAAAACAACCAUCAAAGGUACGUCUGAAAAUAGAUUUGUUUAGCUUCACUGGUGACUCUGCACUUACUUUUAUGUGUAUGUUCCAUAUUUACCAAUGGUUUUAUUUUCAUUCUAAUUCUUACAAUUUGUAUUAUUUUGUUAGAGCAAGAGGGCAUUCAGCCCAAAAAGUCGGUGCUAUUGUUUUGUAUUGUACAUUUUAGCUUCAAUAUGUCUUGUUCCCAAUAUUCCCUUCACACGGCUUAUAGGCAGUUUCCACAGUGUUAUCUAGUUAGUUUUGUGUAUACCGCUUAGUAGUUUUAAUCUCAAGCCGAUUAUACUGUUUUUUAUUGCAGCAGUACAGUAUUACGUGGUUCCACUUAUUGGAACUGCAUAAAAAAUGGUUAACAAUACUUGGCUAACUAAGUAAAAUAUAUCUCUUUCAGCUGCCAACCUCUGUUUUAGUGAACGUGCCAUCUACACGCAGGAAGUCCUGGCCAUAGUCAUGCAACAGCUCAUGGAACAAGAUCCCCUACCAACUCUUCUCAUGAGGACAGUCAUUCAGUCUCUUUCCAUGUACCCAAGGCUCAUUGGAUUUGUCCUCAACAUCCUUCAAAGACUCAUAGUCAAGAAGGUGGUCACUUUAGAUAAUUAUCUAUUAUUAUUUUAAAAAUUGAGGGGAAAAAAAGCUAUUGCCAGUAGCUCAAAAGUUCUUUUCAAAAAGAGCUUCUACUAACAAACAUCCACAUAAUAGUUUAAGUAGUAUAUUCGUUGGGAUGAGUGACGUGACUAAAUCCUCAGUCAUUUAAAAUAACAUCCUUGUAGACCAAUAUCUUUAUCCUUACAUUUUGAAUACCUACUAAAACUUAUCGUAAAGGCAACACAUUUUGAGCACAUACUAAAACUUACUGUAAAGACCCUAAAUCUUCAAUGCAUACUAAAAUGACUGUAAAGACCUUACAUUUUGAAUACUUACUAAAAUUUACUCUAAAGAUGUUACAUUUUGAGCACAUACUAAAACUUACUGUCAAGACCUUACAUUUUGAAUACUUACUAAAAUUUACUCUAAAGAUAUUACAUUUUGAGCACAUACUAAAACUUAUUGUAAAGACAUUACAUUUUGAGCACAUACUAAAACUUACUGUAAAGAACUUACAUUUUGAAUACAUACUAAAACUUACUGUGAAGACCUUACAUUUUGACUACCUACAAAAACUGAUAAGGUAUUCAUGUUUUUCAAUAAUUUUAUAUAUUUUUUAAAGAAUUGUAUAAUUAAAGAAAAUUAAUUCCAUGAAUAUCUGAUCAGGUUUGGAAGCAAAAGAAAGUUUGGGAAGGUUUCAUUCGGUGUUGUCAACGGGCCAAGCCUCAGUCGUUUCAAGUUUUAUUACAGCUGCCUGCUUCUCAGUUGAAAGAUGUUUUUGAAGUCUGUCCUGAUUUGAGGGAACCUUUGCUUGCACAUGUUCAAACAUUUACAGAUAAUCAGGUGAGUUUUACAGAAUUAAAAGGUUAAUAUUACUGUUCUCACAUAUUGGACAGAAUUCCAUUCUUUUUCAGUUCAAAAACUAACAAAAAGGAAAAUUUCCUCAUUGUAAGGGCAUUAUAAGAUUUUUAAUGUUUCAAAAUGUUUAGUAUUGCUUGUAAUUUGUCUAUAAUUAUUAUUAUAGUUAUUUAUACAAUAUCCUUUGUAAAAUUAUUUUUAAAAAUCAUAAUUUCAUUAAUUUAAUUUGAUAAGAGUUAAAUAAACUAUUGACAUUAAAAAAAAUGUUUUCCUAUAAACUAAGCUUUCUAUUUAUGAAAUACCAAUUUUUAAAUUUCAUUUUUUUUUUUACAGAAAACUCAUAUAAAUAAAUCUGUUAUGGCUUUGCUUGAAGAAGGCAUGGAGACCAAUGCUGAGAGUAAAGAGGCUGACAAAACUGAAAUGGUCAGAGAUUUUUUGGAUUCAAUAUCUUAAGAAAAAUUUAAUCAUUGUUCCAGAAAUGAAUAUUCAUUACAAAAUAAAUAUAUAUGUGUAAUAUUAAUAUGAAAUAAAAAAAAUACUCUCAAUAAAUAUUAUUUAUAAAUAACUAUUGAUAUAUAUGAAGUUUUGUGCAAAUAUUAAGAGGGAAAUUACAACUACUGAAUUAUUAAAAAAUGCUGUACUAUAUUUCAUGUGUUAGUGUUAGCUAUUGAACUUUAUGCUUAGAAAACUUAUGUUUGUGCAUAAUUUGUUGGGCUUAAUCUCAACCACUCAUCAAACAUUUCCCCACAAAGCACAAAAUGUUCCUGCACAUUUGGAUGGACCUGCAAGCACUGGUCUGUCCACUGACACACACAUAACUUGACAAGUAUUAAUACAUUUUAAAAAUCUUAUUUAAUAGAUACAUUCUGGAAAUGAUUCUGAAAAAGAUGGAGAAUUCCACAAAAUUGAAUCCACUUCUGAAAACUCCAUACAAAAAAUUUCCACUCUCACACCAGUGAAAACUGUCGAGAAUUCUCCCCAAAGGUUAGUAUUGCAGUUGAUCGGCUAUAUUUAUGUGUGCUCAAUUUAGAUUUUCUUGUUAGGCUAGUUAUUGGUCAGGACAAAUGCAUAUGUUUAUAAGAGUUGUAUGGCAUCUUUCAUUGUAUGGAUAUUUUACAAAUUCUUUGUCUAUAGGUUUUUUAUAUAAAACUUGUAUAAAAAAUUAUGGUUUCUGGAAAAAGGGGCAUAUUACAUUACAUUACAUACAAAUCUGUUCGACAAGGGGAUUGAAUUCACAUGGGGUCCCUUUGAUGUCCAAAAAAAUUGUGCAAGUUUGACACACCUGCACCCUGAAUUAUGCCUGAACUGCCAACCCCAACCGAUGUUGCUAUUUUUAAAAAAAGCGGGAUGCCAGAUACGGUAAUACAUUUAACAGUGGGACAAGUCGACUGAAUCCACAUGACUGAAGGGGAAUGCUCUGGUGUGACAUCCUUUUUGGCUCCUUUGAUGGCCACAAAAUUUUCAAGUUUGCACCGUUUAUUUUCACAUGACACAUCAGCACCCUGAAAUAGUCACACCAACAUGUAAUGACAUUUUGAAAAGCUCUUGCCUCGGUGAACCAGUUUAAACGACCCCACAUGGGAUUCAAGUCAUAAGCGUGCGGGUAAUGAGGGCUCAAUAGGCAUAAAUGAAUUUAAAUAUAAAGUGCGUUCCUUGAUACAAAUAUAUUUUUCUGAUAACACUGCAUCGGGCCUUUGAGAAACACCACCACCAUGUUGUGUUAACUGGUGGCUUUGCAGGCAAGCAUAAGGUCAUGUCAAGUCUUAUAUACGUUGUUUUGGCCAAGUGAACCCUAUAGUGGCACCCGGGUCGUCGCGAGUGCCCUACUAUCCCUAGGGCGAAAGUUGUGCUUUAGAAUUUUUUUUAAUGAUCUUCUUUGAAUGCAGAGGUCACAAAACAGAAAAGUGGCAGGAGCCUACAAAUGUUUAUUUAUAACAUGAUUACUCAAUUUGCUGCAUUAUGUGAUCUCACAAAGCCUGAAUACAGACAAACUUCUACUGUAUGCCCCAGUAUGCAGUGAACACAUACUACCAAAGUUUCCUUUACUUUCAGUUCAGAGGCAAGUAAGGAGAAGUCUGGGUCAAUCAAAAUAUCUCUACAUAUUGCCAGCAAAGCCGAUGAUGAGAAAACCAGGGAGCCUAGGAACGGAGAUAAGGAAGACAAGAUUGAGGUGGAGGAGCACCACUCAAGGAAAACUUCCAAGGUUAGCACAGUUUUUAAUGUGUUGUGUUCAUGUGAAAAGCCAGGUGUCUAAGUCGUCUCAUAUUUUUUUGUUUUAAAAAUGAAAUAGAUGCAGUACUUUCAUAACUAGCAAUGCUGCCAAGCAUUCUUGCUUUAGUAACUGUCACUGAUGUUGUGUGCAUCUAUUUUGUUUACUUCAUCAUCAUAUAUUUUAUCAGGAACCCAGUGCGCUUAUUUAAAACUUAUCAGGAUCCUUUAUAUAUAAAUACCAGAGAGUGCCGGGUGGCCGAUAUGGCUAAACUGAGUCAAUCCAAAACCUGUUGGUCUGGCGUUCCAUUCCCCACUAAAGCCCAGAAAGCAAAAACAUCACCCGCACCCCGGGUGUAUGGGACUUGUUAACCUUGGAUGGCAAUUCAUAUAAGACAAGGCAAACUCUGAAUUCCAAUCUGGAGAUGGAGUCCCGAACGCAGAUACGUUAAAGAAAAUUUCUGCGACAGCAGAUAAUCGCAAUGUCAAUUACUUGUCAUUAGAAUUCCUGAAUGAUGUGAUGGCAUAUCAAUAUCAUCGAGUCAAAGAUGCUUAGUGUUUUAUGUUAAGACUAAGUGAAUUUGAUAAGCAUAAUUAUUGUACUUUGUACUCAAUGGUUUAAGAAAGCAGUUUGUGGUAUAAUAUAUGAGGGACUGUCUUCAAGCCAUGUAAAGUAAAUAGUGAAACAAGAUGGGUUUUGUCUUGUCUUUUAUUAUUUUAUUUUCAAUUUUUCAAGUUUAAACCUAUCUUGUUCCACUAUUUAUGUAGAUUGCGGUAUACAGUUUAGCUUAAACCUAUCUCGUUUCACUAUUUAUUUAGUUUGUGGUAUACAGUUCUGGUUAAAUUUAUCUUGUCCCACUAUUCAGUUAGUUUGAGGUAUACAGUUCUGGUCCAUAGUAAUCUUGUUUUUAUCUUUUAAUUUUCAGAGUUCAAAGAAGGAGGACUCUGAUGAAGAGGAAUCAAAAAGCAAAUCAUUGUCCAGCUCCAGGUCAAAACAGUCAUCUAGGCGUUCAUCUUCAAAUGCUGGCAAGAAAAAAUAAUGUCGCUCUGCCCACCUUCAAGAUUAGAAUAAAUAAUUUGUUGUGGUGGAAACAAAGUUACAUCAACGUUUUUCAAAGGGCAACAUCACACUGUUGCAUUGAUCAUAAUCUUUUUAUUUUUGUGUCUAUCAAAUUCAAACAAAUGAUAAAAACUUAUUAAUUCUGAUGCAAAAAUAAAAAUAUAUUUGCAUGUGAAAAGUUUAUUUAAUGAGUGACCACCACUGAUUUCUGGUGAAAUUUGGUAGAGGGUUGAGCACAGAUGUUGUUUAUUGUAAAUUUUGAUUGGUUGUCCCAUGACAUAAUUAUUAUGGCAUGAGAAUUCCACCAAUGAAUGAGCUGUUUGUCAAUGAAAUUGUAUGAUGUAUGAGAAGAUACAGAGCAAUUGCUGUGGUGGUUUUCCUUCAGGCUGAGCCAAGAAAAUAUUCCUCUGUAUAAAACUAUAGGGAUCUUGAUAAAUGUUUGAAUUUGUUGUUGAAAGUUUUUUGUGUGUUUAUUUCAUAGUCUCACUUCAGAUCUUCAUUGUGCCUCAAUCGUAUUGCAUUGGAAAACCAAAUCCAAGAGUAACAUUGAGCCCAACACUCCCUUCAUUACCCUGGCACACCUGCAGCCUGAAUGCAAGGCUCUCUAAUUUGACUAUAUCUUUAAAUUUAAAGGAUUUUGAAAAUGUUAAAUGUUAGAGAAAUUAGUUAUUCAAUUAAUUUUAAAAAAAUCUGUGUGGU